AUGGAUGUCGAAUUAUAUGUUUACGACCUCAGUCAGGGCCUUGCGAGGAUGAUGUCGCAAGGACUGCUCGGCAUUCACAUCGAUGCGGUUUACCACACCUCUCUAGUCUUCGGUGGUGCUGAGUACUUCUAUGGUGCUGGCGUGCAGACUUGCUACCCUGGAUCGACCCAUCAUGGCCAACCUAUGGAGAAGAUCAAGCUCGGCAAGACUGAAAUUCCUCUGGAUGAUAUCCUUGAAUAUCUCGACUCGUUGAAAGAAACAUACACCGCACAAUCAUACGACUUGUUCAAACACAACUGUAACAAUUUCUCUAACGAUUUCUCCAUGUUCUUGGUCGGCAAGGGUAUCCCGGAUCACAUCACUGCUUUACCUGAAACAGUACUCAACACUCCCUUCGGAUCAAUGAUGAAGCAACGUCUUGACGCAGAGAUGAGACACAUUACACAGGCUGCUGUGCCCCCGGAAAACAAUCCAAUGAUUCAGCGUGAACGUAAUAAACAGAGAGAUGAGGCCAAUCACAACAGCCAGAACGGUACUUCCUCUUCCACCUCUACUUCAGCACAGCAGAAUGGGUCAGAGCAGACUCCACCAAAGAAAAAGCCUAAGAAGCUGGAAGUCCGCAGUGCUGGGAAUGCCGACGAGACGAACGAAAACGCUCAAGCCCAGGCUCAAUCGUCUCAACAAACACCAAAGAAACAACCCAAGAAGCUCGAAGUUCGCGAUAGCGCUGCUGCAAAAGCAGACGGUGUGCAUGGCUCCGUUUACAAUGUGACGCAGCUAUCUUCAGUAGAUAACCUUCUAUCAGGCGCAAAAGACAAAUGCGCUGUUAUCUUCUUCACGUCGAGUACCUGUGGGCCCUGCAAGAUGGCAUAUCCCACAUACGACUCUCUAGCCGCUGAGCACACUAAGGUUCCUUUUAUCAAGAUCGACAUCAACGAGGCUCAUGCACUUGCAUCCAAGUAUCAAAUUCGAGCAACACCAACGUUCAUGACUUUCUUACACGGCAAGAAGGACAACGAAUGGACUGGAGCAAAUCCUGCACAGCUGAAGGCAAAUGUUCGCGUACCUACUCUGCAAUUCGGAAGGCUUAGUCCGAUCACAUAUUCGAAGAUUCCCCCUCUAGACAAGGUCCUCGCUAAAAUGGGUGAUCAGUCGAAGGACAAGUCUGUGGUUGCAAUGAAGAACUUCAUCUCUUCUCGAUCUUCCAAUGCAUCAGACCUCCCGGCUUUGCCAGAUCUUCCUGCCUUUGCACACUGGCUUCACCAAUCACCCAACCAACUCUCCUCAGAUGUGUUGUUCACAGCUUACGAUGUACUGCGCUGUGCACUCGUCGAUCAACGAGUCAGUGGAUGGUUCACCGAAGAAUCUUCGCCAGGGGACUCAGAGACACUCACACACUUGAUCAACCACGUCUUGACGCUCGUAAACGACGAAACUUGUCCUUACAAUUUGAGACUUGUCACAAUCCAAUUGGCUUGCAAUCUGUUUGCGUCUGAUCUCUUCGUCAAGUCAGCGUUCAGUAGCUAUCACAACAGUGAUUUGCCCUCGAUGCUGGUACAGGUAGCAACCACAAGCUUGCUUGCCGAACCCGAUAAGCCAGCCGUUCGUGCUGCUGCUUCCUCGCUUGCUUUCAACAUUGCUGCAACCGUCUACCGAAUCAGAAGAGAAGAGAAUCGUGAAGCAUUGCAGGAGUCUUCAGAGGUUGAGAUGGCUGCUAGCUUGCUCGAGAUGAUGACGACCGAACUUGAGAGCAGAGAAGAGAAGAAAGACGCUACUGGUACAGAUAUGCUCAAGACGGCAAUUUUCGCCUUUGCUUACUUGAUCUACUUCGCUCCUCAAGGUGGAGAGCUGCAUGAUCUCUGCAGUGCAUUGGAUGCCAAGGCUGCGAUCUUGAAGUUGAAGGAGAUCAAAGACUUGAACAAGGUCGCAAGUGAAGUUGGCGAACAGCUCUUGGGUAAGAACUGGUGA